AUGACUUCACCAAUCCCAAACCCCUUCAUCAUAAAACCGCCCUUCUCCUCCCCUUCUAAACCUACAACUACAAUCAUAGCCCCCUUCCCCCUUUCCCAAGGCCUCCUUCUCUCCUCCUCCUCCGACCCCCUCGUACCGCUCGAACUGCGUCUCGUCUCUCUCCUUUCCUAUCCCUGUACCGCGAUCGUAAAUCCAAUUUCUCAAUCCCCGUCUACGUAUCCGCUUAUGCGUGCAAAGGGUUCGAUGACUGAGGUUGCGAAUUCUGGGCUCGUGGACUUGCCUUCCCGGAUGGGCAUGGGGAUAAAUACAGCAACACCACAGAUAAGUCUCCCCGGCCUAAUCGACAAGACAGCCGGAGAGGAACUAGCGAAGUGGAGAGAACAGAACUGGAAGAAAGGAUUGAAUGCUGGGGCGUGUGGGGUGAGUGGGAGUUUUGGGUUGGGAGACGGAAGUGCUUCUGAGAAAGAGAGGAAUGGGAAAGUGGAAAAGAGGGAGGAAAAUGGAAGACCGAAAUAUAUAAUCCAUACGCAUGCGCCGAAUUUCGCGGAUAAAGCGUAUAGUACGCCGUUGGUGAAACAGUUGUUGGUUAAUUGUUAUCGGGGGGCGUUGGUGGAGGCUAUGGGGAUUGCGGAGAGGGAGGAGGAGGAGGAGGAGGGGGAGAGGCAAAAAGGGGGAGGAGAAGAGGAGGAUGAGGCGGAGGAGGGUAAGGAAGAAAACUUUUCAAAUACUGAAAAGAAAAGAAUGGAUGGAAAUGCAGUAUUCUCCACAAGCACAGGAGAAGAUAUGAUUAUGGCGGAUACAGAGCCAGAUGCGGAUGAGGAUAUGCCAACGGAGAAGGAGAGUACACCGGAAAUGCCAAGGGAAAGAGGGUUAGGAAGUUUCGGUACAGUUAAUAUGGCGGGAAGUAUAAGCAGUCCAGCGAGUCUGGCGAGUCCGAGCGAUAUGAAUUUAGAUGCGUUUGGUCUUUCGCCUAUUCCGUCUCCGUCUAUUCUGCCAAGUACAUUUAUCUCGUCGAUUACAUCGAUUCCGUCUAUGCACCUCCCAUCAUCCAAAUCUUUCCCUGCACUUUCCCACGGCCCUUCGAAGCAUCAUAUUUCACAGUCCUCUCCUAAACCAACAGGUGUAAUCAUCGCCUUCCCAGCUAUCUCCACAGGUCACAAAUCCUUCCCCCAUCGUCUCGCUGCUCGUAUUGCUGUAGGCACUGUCAGAGAUUUCUUACGUCAUCCUAUUUUUGGCGCUAUACGACAAAAAAGAAUUCGGAAGGUUGUUUUUUGUGUUUGGCCUGUUGAUAGUCCGAAUAGAAAAGCUCUGCAGGUAGCAUUCGGACUUACUUUUCCACCACGUUUACCACAGAGUGCACCGUUGAGUCCGGUGAGUAAUCAGCUUUCUACACCACCGUUCUCGCUGAGUGUGAAGGGGAGGAGGGGGUUCGAUUUUAAGUUGGGGUUAGCGUUGCGGGAUUUCGAGGGGCAGGAAAGCGGAGUGCCGAGGAUUGUGGUUACACCUCCGAUUACGCCGAUGGUGGGGUCAGGUUUGAGUUUGAGUUUGGGUUCUGGGGAGAGAGAUAGGGAUUCGCCUGGUUUGGGAAAUUUGGAAGGAGAGGGAUUGAGUAGGGGAGAUGGGAAUCUGGGAGAUGAGGGGAGUGGGAGUGUCGGGGAAUUGGGAAUGGGAAUGGGAAUGGAUGUGGAUGUGGAUGUGGAUACGGAUGUGGAUAUGGAGAAGAAGAAGGAGAAGGAGAAGGAGGGUGAUGGUAUUGGUGUUGGUGGGAAUCUGACAGCGGAAGUUGGGCGAGGAGGUGAGGAGGAUGAAUUAAGAGAGAAAUUGAGACUACUUAAAGUAGAAGUGGAGAAGAUGGAACUGAGAGAGAAAGUGAGACAACUCAAAGCAGAAAUAGAGAAAGUGCAUGGACAAGGAGACAGUCGUGGAAGAGAUAGAAGAGGAAGAAAAGAAACAUACAGACAGAGAAAAAGGCAACAAGGGUUGAGAUUGGCUGCUGCGAUGAGAGUGAAGAGAGAGAGGGACAGGGACAGGGAAAUGGAAAGAGAGGAUAGAAAAAUAUAUUUGAAUUUGGAUGAGAGAUUGAUGGUUAGAGAGAGGGAUACGAGGACACCGGAGAGGAAGCUUGGAAUUGGUGACAGGAAGACGGAGAAAAGUGUGGAUGAAAGUAUAGGAGAGGAACGAAUAGUCCUAGUGAAAGUGGCUGAUGAGGGUAUUCGGAGACCUGAAGUGGGAGACGAUACCGGCUCACCCGAAAGCAAGUUAAGCAUUGGAGAAGGACGAGCGGAAAGGAGUCAAUCUCAGGAUAAGGAAUCACAGGAAAAUGUAAAAGUUAGUGGAUAUGUCCGUCGACAUGGAGGAAGUGAAACGAGAAACAAACAAGAGAGAAGAUAUCCGGAACGAGUUGAUGUAGGUGAUAUCAAAGUGGGUACAAAAAGAGGAAGGCCAAGUACAGUAGAAGGAAGACGGCCAGGAGGUGGUGAUACUGAACGACGUGGAGGGAGGAAACAGAGAAAAAAGAGGAGAUAG